UCUUUUUUUUUCGAACCAUGGAGCAUCAUUUCAAAGCUGAUUUGAAUGGCUGGCUAGAAUACGAAUCAAAGCGUCCCACGAUGCAUACCAAGAUCUUUAAGCAUCGAAAACUCUCUAUUGAUGAUUAUGACAGUGUCCCAACAGAAUUACUCGAGUCAUUCGCUUCUACAUUGACAUAUUACGAUUAUUCCUUAGACGCACGAAAAGCGUUGCAUGCAACCGUAUUUCAUGCCGUCAUGAACAACAAGAACUACGCGACUGAUUUCGAUAUACCUAGAUUUGAAACUGGCGUUGAUCAUCGCAUACUGCAUCAUGUAUCAAGUCGAUUUGAUCUGCAUGCCUACACGAUCAGAGCGUUAGGGCGAAUGUCUACCCAGGACGCACUUGAAUUUAUCGAUACCACAUUUAAACAGACCAUGAAGCCAUUAAGAUAUUUUCAUACCACCUUUGUUCGAUUGAUGCAUAGAGAAGCACCUUUGGAUCUAGACUAUACUCGGUUUAAUGGGUGGUUAGCAUUUCAAUUUCAAAUAGACCAUGACAUACAACAUCACCUUGAAUCAGUCAUAGAAGUGAUUUAUGAAUGUAUUUUGAACAAUGAGACUAAAGCAAGACAAGAUCCAAGCAUUCAAUUCAAGACAAGCGCUAGCACAAAUAGACUCUAUGAUAUGAUGGAAAGGCUGAUGGAUGCCAUUUCUUCUAAAGAGUGCUUUUCAGAUACAACAGUGAAUUAUAUUGCUCUGAUUUCCCAAUGGGCUGGAAAACCAAGUCGUUUAUGCAGGAUAGACUCUACCUGUGUGCCUGUCAAAACAUGUCAAGAUGUGAGAAAAAGACAAAGUAGUAUUCAACAUACCUACCACGCUCUAUCAAAACACAGAGACACACUCGACUGUCAUCAACAAGCAUUUCUCGCUAUUUGUCAUCAUCUUCACCAAGCCACUGGAUCCAUAGUAAAUGUGUCAAACCAAACGUCUGAUUUUGUACCACUUCAGAAAGUGAUACUGGCUGAGAUAUCCCAAGUGACGCAGCAAGUCUAUGGCAGUUAUUUAGAAUGGAAAUUGGUGUGCUGUCAAGCAAUAGACAAGCGAACAAGGGGCUGGCUAUCUUUUUUAAAACUGAUGGUUCAAUUUGCAGAUCUUUGGCUAGUUGAUUUAGAAAGAUCAGGUUGUAUGCAUGUCUUUGUAUCUCUUGUUGUUCAAUACCAUCUCAUGCCUGUCUUGGUAGACAAGGUCUCUGCAUCCAACAAAGGUAUCAAAGUAAGUACAACAGAUAAGCAGUGGUAUGAUACACUAAUAUCAACAUAAGUCAUUGUAUAGUUUGCUGUAUCAGUGCAUGGAGUCCAGUCCUAUAGAAGCCCUUUUGGAUCUUCUUGAUUAUACUACACAGAAGCAUGUUACCAUAAGACAAGAUGUCUC